AUGUGUGCUUACUGUGGUUGUUUCUCAUCAUGGUUUAAGAUAAUUACUCCUAGCAAAAGAAAAAUGUCUGAAGCAUCAAUGAUUGUUCCUGGUACAGAUAGAUACACUGUGAGAAGUCCGAUACUUUUAAUCAACACAUCAACACCACGAAGAGGAAGAAUUAAACCACCACUGCAAAUGACAAGUUCUGCAGAAAAAUCUGUUGUUUCUAAAACAUCAGAAAAUGGAGAGGAUAAUGUUGUAUCACUUAAAUCUAGACCAUCUAAAGGAAGAAAUAGAGGAGAUAAUACAGACAAAAAUAUCAAAACUGCUAAAGUUGUAGAAAAGACGGAAAAUAAGGACACUGAAUCUCCAAACCAAAAUAUUAAUGAACUCCAAGAUAUUAUACCUGAUUCACAGGCACUGGGAAAAAUAGAUUAUACUGUAUUUCCUGGUGUUUUCGACAACAUCAAUGGAAAUAAAUUGCACUCCAAAUGGGCAUGCUGGACACCUGUAGCAAAUAUUGAACUAUGUAAUAACCAAAGAGCAAGUCCUUCAUCAGGAGACACAUUGAAUCGAGAUAUUGUUAUCAACAGAAAAGUUACUAAACAAAAAUCAUCUUCUUCAGUAUCUGAUUAUAAUACUGAAGAAACAGAAAAGGUGAAAUACAAGAAAGAAAGACUGGACCAUAUCAAAAUAGAUAAAACAAAUGUAGAAGUUUGUAAAAGAGACAAUCAACAACAAAAUCAUCUUACAUAUUUAAAGCAGAAAAACACUGAAAAUACCAAGCCGAGUGAUUGGCACAUUGAAUCUGAAACUACUUUUAAAUCAGUCCUUCUAAAUAAGAAAAUAGAAAAAUCACUGAUCUAUAGAAAGAAAUACAUAAUGUCAGAAGAUGUGAAUACUGCAAUUUGCAAUAAAAGUCCUUCUCCUAGAAAAAAUGUGAAAAGUAAUAGAAGAUUGGGGAAAGAAUUGACUCCUGAACUUAAUUCCCAUGAUUUGAAACAAAAAAAAAUGAGCAAGAAGUCAAAAGAGAAACGAUUUGCUGAUGCAGCAGAAUCCCUGAUAAGCCAAAUCAAUAAGCAAUACAAACCAAAAGAUGACAUAAGAUUUACAAGAAAAUUAAAGGAGUCUUUGUUUGAUAGUGAUUUUUCAAACAAAUCUGAUGUACAAGUCAGUAAGGAAAAGGUUCAGAAAAAAAGUUACAGGAAACUGAAGACUACUUUUGUUAAUGUUACUUCUGAAUGCCCAUUGAAUGAUGUUUACAACUUUAAUUUGAAUGGAGCUGAUGAACCUAUUAUAAAACUUGGAAUCCAAGAAUUUCAAGCUACAGCUACAGAAGCCUGCAUGGAUAAUUCAGUAAAAUUGGUAGGUUUAAGGAAUCAUGAUGAACUUGAACCUCCUCUCAGUGCAAGAGAUAAAAGAAUUGUAACAAAUCACAAAAAGGAAAAUCUCUUUAGUGACACUGAAACAGAAUACAGAUGGGCUGACAACAAGACCGAUAUUAGCUGGCUAAGAGAACCAAAAUCAAAACCACAGCUAAUAGACUAUAGCAGAAAUAAAAAUGUGAAGAAACAUAGAAGUAGGAGAUCAAGAUCAUCCUUGGAAAAAAGACAACCAGGAUAUAAAAUGACAACCAAUGAAAACAUCACCCAAAAGGUAGACAAGACAGUUCCAGAUGGAAGAACCAGACUUCCACGAAGAGCAGCAAUAACCAAAAAAAAUUAUAAAGAUCUCUCAAAUUCAGAAUCAGAGAAUGAACAAGAAUUUCCACAAUCAUUUAAAGAGAAAUUUCUAAUAAAGGAGGAGACCAUCCAUUCUCGAACCAAAACCAUAAAGCUGCCAAAGAAACAACAGAAAGUCUCUGCCAAAACAGAAAAGGAACUAUCAGAAGAAUGGAAAAACUCAUCUCUUCUAAAAGAUACUACCCAAGAUCAUAGCUUUGACUUAUCUCCUAUAUCUUUAUGUGGGAGUCCAGCAUCUAUAGACGUAAUGGGAUGUAUACAGAAAAUAAAAGAAAGGGAUUUCACUCAGGAUAAUAACUGUAUAACAAAAUCUGUAUCACCUAAUCCAAACACUUCAUCACCUGAAUCCUUAAAUAGUAACAAUGGAGUUGGAGGUCCAGUAAAGUUACCCCAAAACAAUGAGAACAACCUACUGUGUGCAAGUGAACAUUGCUCACCAAUUCUACAAUCACUCUUUUCGCCUGGGCAUACUCCAACUAAGAAUAAUACUAUUGUGAAUAAAAAAAACUUAAGUUCUGUGGUGCUUACACAAGAAACACAGAAUUGUAACAGCUAUUCAGAUAUAAACAGUUAUAGUUCAGAAAAGCGGUUUAUGGAAAUUGAGUCUCCAAAUGUUAAUGAAAAUAGUAUACAGAGCAAAAGAGAGGGAAGCCAUUCAGCAUCUCCAUCAUCUAUAUCUAGUGGAGGAAGAGAAAAAACAAGGUUUGACAUGUCCUGUGACACUACUCAGGUAUCAGGUACCACUCAAUAUCUUAGUCGCAAACGAGUGUACAUAGAAGAGAAUCUAAGUAAUUCCAAUGAAGGAGAAAUGGAGGAGAAUGAAGAAAGGAGGCCAAACUUGCUUCCCAAAAAACUGUGUAAAACCAAAGAUGCAAAAAAUCACAUCUGCAAAAUGUCUGAAAGUAUAUAUUCAACAAAUGACUUUUCUAUUCCCUGGGAGAACUGGGAUAAUGAAUUUUCAAAUGUAAGGAUGACUUGUGAGACUUCUGAGAAGCUCAAUUCAGAAUUUAAGAGGAGAAGUCAUCUCCGCGGUAAAAUCAUAAAUUAUUUUACUAAAGAGUCUUGGAAAACAGCUCAACAACAUCUGAAAACAAUGAAUCAUCAACGUCUGGAGUAUAGGAUUAAAACACUUAACAAAUUCCAACUCAUUAUCAUAGAGGAACUGGAUAAUUUUGAAAAAGAAUCGCAGUCUUUAAAAGAUUUGGAAAAGGAAUUCGUGGAUUUUUGGGAAAAGAUAUUUCAAAAGUUCAGAGUAUACCAAAAAAGUGAACAGCAGAGGUUUCAUCUUUUGAAAACUUCAUUGGAUAAAAAUGUCUUCUAUAAUACUGAUUAUGAAGAAACUAUUUUUACAUCUGAGAUGUCUUCGAUGAAAGAAAACAUGAAAAAGCUGCAAAACAGGCUUCUUAAGGAAAUGCAAGAAGAGGAGAUUCUUAAUGUAAGAAGAGGACUAAGUUCAUUAUUCAUGGCUCAUGAAAGAAAUGUUAAUGUGUAA